GCUCUGCUCUGCGUUCACGCACACAAGGUGCACAGAUGUUAGCCUUUCGACCGCCUAGCGUUUCAUAUGCCGCGCCGUCUAAAUUUAGAAACUAGGAAAGAUAAAAUAGGGCAACUUACAAACAGUAUACACACACGUUCACUGUCGUAUAAUUUGUGUUUACAAAAUAACCGUCUUUAGAACAUUUCUUUUGUAUCAAAAGUAUGUUAAAUUUAAGUAGUGGAAUCAUGUGUAUCAGAAAUGUGUUACGUAUUUGAAAAUGGUAAUUACAAUAUAUUUUUAAAUCAGGCAUAAGGAAUCUACAACUAUAUUUUAGCAUACUUCUUUUUAAGGCAUCUCCUGAUAUAAUGAUUCGGCAGGGCAGUAUAGACGAUAUAAAUACUCAUCAGUACCUGAAGAUUUCAAAUUAUGAAGACACAGUUAGACAAUUGGACAUUUAUUAUGCUAUUGUGAAGAGACAAUUACUGAGAUUCCAGAGCCCAAUAACAGGAUUGUUCCCAAUGCUAUCAACAGAUCUUCAUAUUGGCAGUGUGAGGGACAGCAUAUAUUGUGCUGUAGCUGUAUGGGGUCUCUAUCAAGCAUAUAGGCGCAUAGAUGACGACAGAGGCAAAUCACAUGAACUUGGACAAAGUACUGUUAAAUGCAUGCGCGGCAUCCUUGAAUGUUGGGUGAAGCAAUCGGCGCGCGUGGAAGCCUUCAAAACACGUCAAAGUGCGGCACAUGCUCUUCAUGUUAAAUUCCAUCUCAUUACAGGCGAGCCUGUGCUCACAGACGAACAGUAUCAUCACCUACAGAUUGACGUUGUGUCGCUCUAUCUAAUUUUUCUUGUUCAGAUGAUCACUUCUGGACUACAGAUCAUAUACACACAGGAUGAAGUUGCCUUUGUUCAAAACCUGGUAUAUUAUGUGGAACGUGCCUAUAGAACUCCAGAUUAUGGUAUGUGGGAAAGAGGUUCCAAGUAUAAUGAUGGCAAACCGGAAAUACAUGCUUCUUCCAUUGGCAUGGCAAAAGCAGCUUUAGAAGCCAUUAAUGGAUGCAACUUAUUUGGUGAUAAGGGAGCAUCAUGGAGUGUAGUGUAUGUUGAUAUAGAUGCACAUAAUCGAAACAGAAGUAUUUUUGAAACUAUGCUUCCAAGGGAGUCGAGUUCUAAGGGUGUCGAUGCUGCACUAUUGCCAACAAUAUCAUUUCCUGCUUUUGCGACGCACGAGGAACACCUAGUACAGCUAACAAAGGCUAACGUAUUACGGCGUCUACAAGGAAAAUAUGGUUUCAAAAGAUUUAGUCGCGAUGGAUAUAAAAGCGUACUUGAGGACCCAAGCAGAAGAUACUACCAUGAGGGAGAACUGAAGGAGUUUGAUGGUAUAGAGUCUGAAUGGCCCAUUUUCUAUGUAUUCAUGAUAAUCGAUGGUGUUUUCCGUACACUACCUGAUCAAGUUGAAGAAUACCAGAGAAUGUUGAAGGCUAGAAUUUGCAUGGAUAAAUAUGGAGAUCCAGUGAUACCCUGGUAUUAUUAUGUGCCACGCGAAUCUAUAGAAAAUGAAAGGAACGAACCAAAUUCAAUGCGAAAAAUACCAGACAAUUAUUCCGGUGACCAUGAAAACAAAGAUACGAGUGGCUUGUUCCUGUGGGGCCAGUCGUUAUUUGUUCUGGCGCAGCUGUUGACUGGCGGUCUGCUGCACAUAAACGAGCUGGACCCCAUUCGCCGCUAUCUGCCUUCGUACAACCGUCCGCGCCGCGCUGGCAGAUACUCUGCUUUCCAGGCCAAGCCUACAUUUGGGAUAGCCACAGAUUUGGUGGUGCAAGUGGUACUGAUAGCUGAGUCGAUGCGGCUCCAAGCCAUGAUGGGCACGUACGGCAUACAAACACAGACGCCGCACGAAGUUGAACCGGUGCAGGUUUGCAGUUCCACACAACUAGUUCACGUUUACAGAGAAUUAGGAGUAUGUCCAAAGUUGAAACUCACUGGAAGACCAAUAAGACCUAUUGGAUCACUUGGUACAAGUAAAAUAUACAGAGUAAGCGGUAUGACAGUGCUGUGCUAUCCUCUUAUAUUCGAGGUAUCGGAGUUCUAUCUGUACAGAGAUAUGGCGUUACUAAUCGAUGACAUAAAGACUGAACUACAGUUUGUUGGAAAAUAUUGGCGUUUGUCCGGACGUCCAACUGUGUGCUUGUUGGUGCGUGAGGAACAUAUGCGCGAUCCGCACUUCAAGCAGAUGCUGGAUUUGUUCGCGAUGCUUAAGAAGGGACACUGCGAUGGAGUUAAGGUCCGCCUCGGACGUCUCCAAAACUUAAUUUCAAGCUCGUGUAUGGAGCAUCUGGACUUCAUGAGCCAGGGCGACUUCCCGUCGGAGAUGUUCACCCAAUUUAAGCAGCUGGAGCACGAGUACAUCGGCUACCAGUCGCUGACGGACGUGCCGCGCACGCUGACGUACCGCGAGGAGGAGACGAGCUGGCGGCACCUCCGCGGCCGGCCCGUGCCCGACGUGGUGGCCGCGCUGCAGCACGCGGCCGGCCUGCACGCGCGCGCGCAGCUCCUCGGCAUCCUACUCGAGCGCGAGGGGCCCAUGUACGAGGUGAAUGGAGUGAGCGUUCUGGAGUCGCUGAAGAGCUUGUACCAGUCGGCAGGCGAGCUGCGGCACUGGCGAGCCGUGCGGUACUGCUCCUCGCUGCUCAGCCACACCGUCGACUCCAUCAGUCCUUUCAUCACCACCGUGCUCGUCAACGGAAAACAGUUAAUGGUGGGCGUGAUCGGUCAGAAAGAGACUGUAUUCGACAAACCUAUGACACCCGGAGAGAUACAGUCAGUGAUGUACUCCACCAUACAACCAUAUGAUGUUAUCGGAGCCGUACUUCAACAGGAGGUGGUAUUGUACUGCGGACGGUUAAUCGGCACCAAUCCGGAUAUGUUCCGGGGUAUCCUGAAGAUCCGCGUGGGCUGGGUAUUGGAGGCCAUCCGCAUCUACCUGCAGCUGUUCCCUGCGGAGAUGCGUGCUGACGACACUCUUGAGAGCCUCUCACCGUACAAGCUGCGCACACUGCUGCAACGUGUCUUCACUGUGUCUGACUGGGCUGACGACGAAGGAUUGACACCACUACAACGUCGACAAUUGGAGGGGUGUCUGUGUCGGGUGCCGAACAAUUUCUAUAUACAAGUGUGGGAUAUAUUGUUACGUACUCCUAAAGGAAUCAUUGUCCACGGGCACGAGAUCCCGGCGCAGCCGACGCUGGCGAACAUGUCGCGGUGGGAGCUGUCGUUCGCGCUGGUGGUGGAGGAGGCGCUGGUGCGCGUGGCGCGGCCGGCGCGGCGCCAGCUGUGCGUGGAGCUGCUGGGCGUGCUGGCCGCCAUCCUGCGCCGCAACCCCGAGCUCUACUUGCCGCACGCGCUCGACCUCGACGCGCUGCUCGACGACGCGCACCUCACCUACGCCAAGGACCGAGGGUCGGAGGCGGCCGCGGAGGAGGAGGCGCUGAUGGCGGCGCCGGCGGCCGUCACUGUGGGCUACUUGGCUCGCGCCGUCGUCAACAGCGUGCUGCAGGCCGCCCCACUGCUCGCGCCCCAGGACCAACCCUCGUGCCUCGUCUCCUAGUCUCGCAGAUUUGUGGUGAUUACGAGAAUUGUUUUUUCGUUUCGGAGACAAAUUAGACAUUAGCUAUGUUGCCAGGUUUUUGCAAUUCUAAAUAGGAUUGUGGUACUAUCGGAAAUUUUCUUGU